UAAAAUCAGACUACACCAAUAUAUUUUCCCCAAAACACAUUCACUUUUGCAGCUCUGAUACAAUAUUGAAACUCCAUUGAAAUGGAGAAACAAGUUUUGGAUUAUGUGUUGGUACCUGUAGGCCUCAUCUUCAUGAUUGCUUAUCACUUAUGGCUUCUUCAUCGCAUCCUUAAACACCCUUCCCAUACCGUCAUCGGCAUCAAUUCAAUCAAUCGUCAAUUCUGGGUUCGCGCUAUGAUGGAGGACCCGUCGAAAAAUGGAGUUUUAGCGGUACAGACGUUAAGGAACAACAUAAUGGCUUCAACGCUUUUAGCAUCAACAGCGAUUAUGCUCAGUUCGCUCAUCGCCGUUUUAAUGACCGGUGGAAGCAAGGGCGGCGGAUCUAUAAGUACUCAUAUUUAUGGAAACAGGACGGAGUUUUGCUUGUCAAUUAAGUUUUUUUCGAUAUUGGUAUGUUUUAUGGUGGCGUUUUUGUUUAAUGUGCAAUCGAUCAGGUAUUACAGUCAUGCUAGCAUACUCAUCAACGUGCCUUACAAGAAAUUGGACUCUUCGAAUUCGAGGCAUUGUGUUACGGCGGAGUAUGUAGGGAGGACGGUGAAUAGAGGCAGCUAUUUCUGGUCACUUGGAUUGCGUGCUUUUUACUUUUCAUUUCCACUAUUUUUGUGGAUCUUUGGUCCUAUACCUAUGUUCCUCUCCUGUGUUUUUCUGGUUUUUAUGCUGUAUUUUCUGGAUGUGAGUUCUGAUUUUGGGUGGGUUACACCAACUGAUGAGGAGACUCAGCAGCAGACUGCAUAAGGAGAGAGCGUGAGAGAUCGAGCAGUUUUGAUUCAAUAUAAGUUGAAUUAAACUGCUUGAUUUCUAAAAUAAUCUCAAAUUAAUAUUAAUAUAUUUUAAAAAAAUUUAAA